AUGAAUAUUUGUGUGUAUUUCAGGAAUUGUUUAAAAGCAGUUAUUUUAUUAUGGACCGGCAUCAUAGCUUUCAAUGCAUCGGUGACCGGUUACGUGCUUGAAGGUAACGACGUACGUUCAAUAAAAGUAACCUAUUGUGGAGGGUUGCUUAGGAGUAUAGACAUAUACUAUGUUGAUAUACGUAAUGGAGGGCCGCUGAAGGAUUUCUUUGAUUUCUUACAGCUGCCAGGAAGUAUUGGACCUGUAAAACGUUUAGUGAUACCUUAUAAUCAAUCGUGGUGUGAUGGAGUAAACCAGACUGUCGAAUUGCCCGUACAGUUACUGGAGGCAACAGUCAAGAAAAUAAAAUUCCCACCACCACAAAAACAAGAAAAUGAAUGGGAUAGUUGGAGGGGUACGGGUGGUAUUCAUUAA